UGCUCUUUGCCAUCAGUUAUUGCUCUGUAAAUGUCCUUUUCCUAGCUCCGUUGCUUGCUGCUCUGCUGGUAGCCCUUCUGGCAUCAGUAGUAGCACUAAAAUAUCCCUAAACUCUACAGCAGACAUAGUUCUCAACAACUGCUUUUGCUCUCUUCAUCUGCUGUUCUUCCUGGAAGCUCCAAAGGAUACAGGCUACAACGCCGGUCACCCAUAAACAAAUAGUUUACUUGAUAUAUUUUUAGAUAAAUAGUGUACUUGUUCCCACUUCUAGGUUUUGAGGCAUUUUUUAAGAAAGAAUGCCCCGAACUUCUAGGUAAUAGGUACUCAAAUAUGUUGAGUAGCUCAGUCAGCUAGCUCCCCUUGCACAGCCAGUGAUGUUCUCAUCAGUUUAGUCCAGAUAGUGCUUUCACAGUCUUUACUCACCAAAAUUGAGCUUCUAUCUCAAACACAUCUGAAAAAUGCUGAGAAGAAAGGGACAUCUGAGGUUCUUCAACUCAGAAUCUGCUGUUUUAGUGACAAAACUAGCACAUACCUAUGCCCGCAUUCUCAAAUGCACAUGCAGAGCUUUGUUAGAAGAUCUUAAGCUUGAAGGGAACAGCUGCACAUCAAAAGCAAUAGUGAUGCAUGUUUGAAUUCAAGGAAAUCAGUGGAUGCAGGAAGCUGUUAAGACUACUGUGGUGGUUAACCCUGGAGUAUCUGCAUCCUUAAGUCUCUACAUUUUCCUUUCCUUCCUUGUUUCAGGAUGGCUAUAGAAACAGUUCAUCUACCCUACUAUCAUGUAGAACAUGUCCAUCUUCAUCACCUCCUUUUGGAUACUGCCAUCUUCACCCAGUACCUCCGUGCACAUAUCAGUAGACACUAUUAUUCUGGUUGCUCUCCUUGGCAGUUCUUGAGAAGAUAAUCGGAGCUAUAUUUCUGGCAGUUAUUGCCUUCAUCUAUAUUAAUAAAUUCAAGAGUGCCACAGAAAGGUACCAGCAACCAAAACUGGUCUGUCCAUGAUGUUAAAUGUUCAGGAAGGUCCCUGACAUGCUUCUGGACAAUGCCAACUGUCCCAAACAAUUUCUGGGCUUGUUAGAGAGCUGAUUCUGGUUAACAGCUAGUCAGGACAAGCAAGCUGACUGUGACAUAGGCCACCAGACCACUUGAGCUGAAUCGGUCCCAGGAAUAAGUUACUGUUAUCAGAGCCACAGAUGCAGUACCUGCACAGCUUCCAGGAGCUUUCUCGUGUCACUUUAGUUGCUUUGGGCUUGUCCCCAGCUGCUGAUGGCUUCUCACUAGCUCACAGGGUGACAUCGCUCCUUGGUAAAAGGCCAUGGGUGUUUAUAAAUGCCGAUGUUAAAGCAGCAGGUUGGCUGGAAGCAUUACCUGAGUCAGGUGUGGUUCCUCCCACAACCCUCACACCUCUCUGUGCUGCUGCUCUGUGAUAGAUUUGGGCCAGUAUUGGAGUUUUCAUGACUAAAAGUCAAUAAUGUGACCAUGAAAUCAGUAAAGUAAGAGUCGAUUACAUUUAAAAACGUUGUAUCUGUGAGGUUUCCGAGGUCCAGCAGCGCAAGCAACCUUUUUCUUCCUCUGCUUUGGUGCGUACCAGCGCAUACCACAUUGCACUCCAGCAGCCCUCACGAGAGCAUGACCCCCUCCUUCUUGCCCCGGCCACUGAGGGACCCACCUCCGCUCGUCCUGCCGCCUGGGGACGGCUCGGAGCCUAGCACCGCCCUCGUCCCUCCUCCUGUCCCUUGCAUCCCCUCCCCACCGCCCGGCCCCGCCUGCUGCGCCGCGCUCAAGAUGGCCGCCGCGCUGAGGGGGCUGCUACGCCGCGCGGUGCCCGCCGCCGGGAGAACGUUGACGGCGCAGCCGCUGCUGUGCGCCCGCCGCCGGCUCACACUGGGCGCCUCGCGGCUCGCCCCGGCCGUCACGCAGCACGCCCCGUUCUUUAAAGGCACGGCCGUUGUCAAUGGGGAGUUCAAGGAACUGACCCUGGAUGAUUUCAAGGGGAAAUACCUCGUGCUCUUCUUCUACCCUCUGGAUUUCACCUUUGUGUGCCCCACAGAAAUCGUGGCUUUUAGUAACAAAGCGAAUGAGUUCCACGAUGUGAACUGCGAGGUGGUGGCGGUUUCUGUGGACUCCCACUUCUGCCACCUGGCCUGGAUAAAUACCCCGCGCAAGAGUGGCGGCUUGGGCAAAAUGAAUAUUCCAGUUCUGUCAGACCUCACGAAACAAAUCUCCCGUGAUUAUGGUGUUCUGCUAGAAGGACCUGGCAUUGCACUGAGAGGUCUCUUCAUCAUUGAUCCAAAUGGGAUCAUCAAGCAUCUAAGUAUCAAUGAUCUCCCUGUGGGUCGCAGUGUGGAAGAGACCCUUCGCUUGGUGAAAGCAUUCCAGUAUGUGGAAACACAUGGAGAGGUUUGCCCUGCAAACUGGACUCCAGAUUCCCCUACAAUCAAACCAAGUCCAGAGGCUUCUAAAGAGUAUUUUGAGAAAGUGCAUACAUAAACACUCAGAUGCAGACGGCUCUUAGUUACUGUGUGCUGAAGACAUUUAGUGGCUGUGAUUAUGCAAGAAAAAAGGUUCUCAUUUCCUCAUGUUUUAAAAUAAUGAUAAUAAUAAUUAAAUGCUGAAAUACUUACUGACUCUCUUGCCUUUUUUUAAAAAAAACAACAACAAAACAUAAGGUAAAAAUAAAGCUUUAUUUUCCCCUUUGGCAAGUUAAGUUUUAUGGAUGCCUGUAACCAGAAUGUGACAAGUGGGUGGAAAACAGUUACCUUCCGCUUUGUUCUUUCAGUUUGUUUCCCCUCUUUGCUUAACUAGCUUUGGCAUAAAGAAAGCUGCCCUGUAGCUUUUCUCACGUGACAGAUGCCUUUCUGCAACAAGAGCUUGGAACUGCAAGUGGGCAACACAGAAAGCAGUUUUGACAUGGAGUUCUUCGUAAGUGGGUUUUGUUUUUUUUUCAGGGGAUGAAAUGAAUGUAACACGCACAACAGAGUUUCUGGCCACAGUAUAAGAUCAGUGUAUGUAUGUACAAAUUAAAUCUUGUCAAAUACGAAUUGUCAAAAUGCAGUGCAGCAUAACAGGAGCGUUAACAAGCAUUAUGAGCUUGCAUUCUGUUUAGGAGAUAAUUAAAACGUUGCACUCUACUACUGUGCUUAGUGGAGCUUGAUAUCAAUCUUCCUUCAUUUAAAGCCUUGUUUACCUGCUUGAAUCUGCCUCCAGGAAAUGUAAAGGUUGAUUGUAAAUUGGACUGUUUAAAGGAAUAUAGCAUACCUGCAUCUGUGGUGCCAUCAAUAAAUCCUAGUACUGACUUGCA